CACGUACACACUGGGAGUAAAGAGAAAAGGAGGUAGCCGCCCGUCAGAUAGAGAUCAUCUCAGUAGCUGAAAGGUAAAAUGUUUGACAACCAGAAAACUGGGGAAAAUGCUAAAUCAUCAGCUGAUGCUGCCAUGUUUCAUCAGCCAGAACCAGACGUGGCCUCUGCUUCUGCACCACCCAGUGAGCUCUGCUCGCUGCAGAAUCAUCUCCGCUGCUCCAUCUGCAUGGACGAAUUCACAGAUCCUGUCACUACAUUUUGUGGCCACUCCUUCUGCAAGCGGUGUUUGGAGCAGAGUUGUGAUUACAAUGACAGCACGUGCCCACUAUGCAAGAAAUAUAUAGUCAGGGUUCCUGAUGUGAAUAUAGUCCUGAGAGACAUUAUCCAACAACAGAAAAACACACGUGAAGACAUAUACACUGGAGCUCCCGGGGACGUGGCCUGUGAUAUUUGCACGGAGAAAAAGCUGAAGGCUAAGAAGUCCUGCCUUGUGUGUCUUGCAUCAUAUUGUUCAAAUCACCUGGACAAUCAUUAUUCAACAAAAAGGUUGAGGGGCCACAAGUUGGUGGAACCUGUUGAGAAUCUGGAUGCAAGAGCCUGCUUAAAGCAUGGACGGCCCCUGGAGCUGUACAGCAGGAAGCAGCAGGCAUGUAUCUGCGUUCGCUGCAUUGAAGAAGGUCAGGACGAGGUUGUCUCUACUGAAGAUGAGUGUGACAAGAAAAAGACAGAACUUAAAAACACAAAGUCAGAGUUAACGCAGGACAUCAACAAGAGGAAAACAAAGAUCAAUGAGAUUGAGGAGGCUCUAAAGAGCUGCAAGGACCAGCUGGAUAAUGAGUGGUGGGAUAUUGAAGCUGUGUUCAGCGCUGUGAUUGCCAUUGUGGAAGUAGCCCAGAAGACAGUCCUUAAGCCACUAGAAGACAGGAGGCAGGUUUUGGACAAAGAAGCAAAAGGCCUCAAAGAAGAGUUGGAAGCAGAGAUCAACAAAAUCGAAAAUACCAUCUCUGAACUGGAUGACAUUUCUGUGCUCGAGGACCACAUCCUGUUCCUGCAGAUGUAUCCAUCUCUUAAAGACAUGGGAGACAUCAAAGACUGGGAAGAGGUAAAGCUGGAUACAUCACUGUCCUUUGGCACCAUGAGAAAAACCACAAGAAAAAUGUUGGAAAAAAUUGAGCAAGAAAUGGAAAAACUAACUUCAAUUGAACUGAAGAGAAUCCCAAAGUUUACAGUGGAUGUAAAGCUGGAUCCAGAUUCUGCACACAGACGCCUCGUUCUUUCUGACGAUGGGAAGGAAGUGACAGAUGGAGGAGAAACCCGGGAAGUACCUGACACUCCUGAAAGAUUUGAUCUUUUUGGCAGUGUUGUGGGACUCAACAGCUUAACCUCUGGGAAGUCUUACUGGGAGGUGGAGGUCGGCAAGAAGACUGGGUGGGAUAUAGGCGUAGCAAAAGGUGAUGCAAACCGCAAGGGGAAGCUCACAGUCAACCCUGAUAAUGGGUACUGGGUUGCUGUGCAUUAUGAAGGAGAAAAGUAUGCAGCCCUUACAGCACCACCGCUCCGUCUUCACCUGAACGAGAAACCUGAGAGGGUGGGAGUGUUUGUGGACUAUGAGGAAGGUCUCGUCUCUUUCUACGACGUGACGGCUGAAUCUCACAUCUACUCGUUCACUGAGUGUUCAUUCAAAGCUGAGCUUUACCCAUACUUCAGCCCACAUGUGAAACAAGCAGAGAAAAACUCUGAGCCUUUGAUUAUUUGUGGCAGGAAAAAUUGUGAAGAGGAUGCAAUGGAAAUGAGAGAUGUGUGAAAUGAGAGAUGAGUUUUCAGUCCACUGUUCUGAAUUUUGUUGGUCAUUGACUCUUUUUUUUGUUUUUUGUUUUUUCUUUUUUAGAGGAUGAAUGGGGAUUUCCAUUUUCAGGUGGUAGAUGGAAGAUUUAUUAAUAACUUUAUUAACACUCCAGCAGGAGUAUUUAAGGCUGUAUAGGAAGGCUUGGACCACUAAUAGAGAUGCACAGCCAUGUUUUUGGCUGUCUAAAGACUGUCUAAUACCCAAAAAGAUGUUAUCAAUCCAGGUUUUAUGAGAUGUUUUAUGAGGAAUGUAGAUUUAGGUCCUUUUAGCCCUUAUUAACUAUUAUUAUUAACACUACAUGAAAAUGAACACAUAGUUUAACACCUGAUUGGUCUAGUGUUGUUAAAGCUUCACUUUUUCAUGAAUACCUUUUGGUUUUACCAGCUAGUAAUAAAACAGUUUGUCCAUUAUGUGCCUUAAUGCUCAAAUACCCUUUAAAGCAGCACUAAAGAGAAGCAGUUUGUCUAAACUCUGGUCUGGGCCAACAGCACAAACCAAAACUGCUGCGUCGUUACUUAUUAUUUAACAUGGGAGCCAGUUUAGACUUAGAGUGUAGGUUACACAGCAGAACACAAACUCUUGAUCUGACGCUGUAAUUUUGACACAGCGAGGUUAAAAUACAGUCGUUAGUCAGAGUUGUGUAUUUUACACUAUGUUGUGUUGCCAAAUGGCUCCUUAGAACGUUGUGAAGUCAUCAGACAAAAGUACAAAUUGCAGAUACUGUGUUGUGAUGUUUUGAUUUCACUUUGUACUUCUACUCAACAAAUAUUGUGUAUUUUUAGUUCAGCUCUUUGCUUAAUAGCUACCUUGCCAUUUUCUCAACAAAAGGUAUUAAAAUAAGAUUUUAAUUGUAGUUUCAACUUUUGAAAAGUAAGUUAAUACAUCCAAAAAAGAAGAAGAAAUGAAUAAAUGAUAGUGUACAUAGUUUUUUUAACAGGUUAUUUUAUUAUAUCCAAUUUAACUUUGUAUAAUAUUUUUGAAAGGUUUGAAUGCUGGUUGGACAAUCUCGUGAUGGUGUCGGCCUGCAAUCUGUAUUUCUUAGAUCAUUCGGAAAUGAUGUCGGCAGAUUCGUUCUUAAAGAUCAUUUGUUGUAGUUCUGAACACAAACUACCUCCAUCUUGACGAGCUGCAGCAACAACAACUUGCUUUCAUGAGGGUAAUAACAAUCAGCAAUGCAAUAUUGUGUUUUAAGGGGCUUUAUAUUCCCAUUCUUUUCAGUUGUGUAGUUAUAAGUUCAAUGCAUUUACUUUGGAUUGAAGUAUUUUUGAAGGAUGGCACAGACUUUUGGUACAGGCUAGUGUUUAACUUGCACACGACAUCUGUAGCAUCUGUACAACAAUCUCAAAUUUUAGAAUAUUUUCAUUUUUGUGUAUUUUAAGUUGCUUUAAUAAAAGUCAUCAAAGGUACUAUUGU